GAAUUACGUAAUAAAAAGUAAGGCAUUUAUCUCGUCCAGUACAUGAGAGUCAAAUUCCAAUUGUUAGAAGACUCUUGUUUUUGAUUUGGCAAUUUGGCAUUUGUAUAAAAACAGAAGAAGAAUUCGAUAGUUAAUGCGGCAAUUAAUGUUUGAUGUGUGAGGGUUCAUUUUCAGUUUAUUAGGUUUUAUCGGCAGUUUUGCAGAAAUUUGACUAUUUAACUUGUACGGCGAUCCAUACGAGCCUUUCAAAAUGACUAUCGGCAAGAAUAAUAAGAUGAUGGCUCACCUCAACUACAGGGUACGAGUAACUUUACAGGAUUCCCGAACAUUUAUUGGAACUUUCAAAGCUUUCGAUAAACAUAUGAACAUGAUCCUAGGUGAUUGUGAAGAAUUUCGUAAAAUCAAACCCAAGAAUUCAAAAGUGGAAAGGGAAGAGAAACGAGUUUUAGGGUUUGUUUUGGUGAGAGGGGAGAGUAUUGUCUCAUUAACUGUGGAAGGCCCGCCACCUCCUGAAGAGGGCUUGCCCAGAGUUCCUAUUCCAGGAGCAGCACCUGGACCAGGAAUAGGUAGAGCUUCCGGAAGAGGCAUGCCCCCAGGAAUGGGAGGAGUACCCGUUGGUUUGCAGGGACCGGUAAGAGGGGUCGGUGGACCAUCGCAGCAAGUCAUGACACCAGGUGGAAGAGGACAGGUGUCUGCCCCACCCCAAAUGAAUCAAGGUCCCCCAAGGAUGGGUGGUCCACCACCAGGUGUAAUGGGGCCCCCUCCAGGAAUGAUGGGAAUGCCUCCUCAAAUGGGCAUGGGACGAGGAGGUCCUCCACCUCCGAUGGGAAUGAGAGGACCUCCACCUGGUAUGAUGCGAGGGGGACCUCCUGGGCCACCAAGGCCAUACUAGGAGUUUAUUAUUAUUAAGUUCAAAUGUAUAAGCAAUGUAUUUUUGAUGCUGAUUGCGCAGUAGAGUGUAUGAAAUAAAUUCUGGACUUUUUUAAUCUUGAA